GUCGGUGAGAUCUCUCUCUCUAUAUAUAGUCACAUAAUCAACCAAAGUGCAUUAAAACAUAGUCACAUAGUAUAAUCUACUUCUUUGCUUCCACUUGCAGGCACAUCUAAUCACUAUUUGCUAUAGCAAAAAUGGUGACUGUCGAGGAGGUUCGCCGGGCACAACGGGCCGAGGGACCGGCCACCGUCUUGGCCAUCGGAACAGCCACUCCUCUCAAUUGUGUUGAUCAAAGCACUUAUCCUGAUUAUUUUUUUCGUGUCACUAACAGUGAGCAUCAGACGGAUCUUAAGGAGAAGUUUAAGCGCAUGUGUAAUGGAUCAAUGAUUGAGAAGAGGUAUAUGCAUUUAACAGAAGAAAUAUUGAAAGAGAACCCUAGCAUUUGUGAACACAAGGCACCUUCCCUUGGUGCUAGGCAAGAGAUAGCAAUUGUUGAAGUGCCAAAACUUGGCAAGGAGGCAGCCCAAAAGGCCAUUGAGGAAUGGGGCCAGCCUAUAUCCAAGAUCACCCAUUUGGUCUUUUGCACCACUACUGGUGUAGACAUGCCUGGGGCUGACUGUCGACUCGCUGAGCUACUUGGGCUUAGUCCAUCAAUAAAACGAUUCAUGAUGUACCAACAAGGUUGCUAUGGUGGCGGUGUCGUUCUUAGAUUGGCCAAGGAUUUGGCAGAGAAUAAUAAGUGCGCUCGAGUCCUUGCUGUUUGUGCAGAAAUCACAGUAGCAACCUUUCAUGGCCCAAGUGACACUGACUUGGAUGUUUUGGUUGGACAAGCCCUAUUUGGUGAUGGAGCUGGUGCCAUCAUUAUUGGAUCAGACCCAAUUGCAGAGGUGGAAAGGCCUUUGUUUGAGCUUGUCUCUGCAACCCAAACUCUUAUCCCCGAUACUAGAUAUGCUGUUUAUGGUAAUACUAGUGAGGUCGGGCUGACAGUUCACUUACAUAAAGAUGUUUCAAAAUUGAUUUCAAAUAAUAUUGAGAAGAGCCUAACGGAAAUAUUUGAGCCUUUGGACAUUUUCGAUUGGAACUCCAUCUUCUGGGUAGUACAUGCAGGUGGACGUGCAAUUUUAGAUCAGAUCGAAUUAAAGUUGGGCCUAAAGCCUGAGAUACUCAAAGCCACAAGGAAUGUCCUGAGUGAGUAUGGAAACAUCGCUAGCGCUUGCGUUUUGUUUGUUUUGGAUGAGAUGAGGAAAGGCUCUAUCAACGAAGGGCUUGAGUGGGGUGUGCUUGUUGGUUUUGGGCCUGGACUAACUAUUGAAACUAUCGUCCUCCAUAAUGUGGACAAAAUUCACAAAUAGACACUUUUCUUGUUAUGUAAUAAUUAAAGUAAGUGAAAAUUCAACUUAUUCUCAUGAAACACAAAAUCUUGAAAGUUUAUUGCAAUCAUAAUUUGUCUUGCAUUUGUGCCAAAAA